AUGGCGACUGUCAACCAGAAGAUCUUCCGCACGGCGAAUGCGCCGGCUGGUGCUCCAUCUGAGGCCGAGACCACGGUCUGCCAGGCUCUCAUUGAUCUUGAGUCGCACAUCCCUGAGCUGAAGAUGGAGCUGCGUCCUCUUCAGGUCAGUGCCGUGAAGGAGGUCGACGUCAAGGGCGGCAAGAAGGCCUACGUGAUCUUUGUGCCUAUGCCCCAGCUCAAGGCUUUCCACAAAAUCCAGUUGAGGCUCACACGUGAACUCGAGAAGAAGUUCUCGGAUCACCACGUCGUGUUCAUUGGCCAGCGUCGCAUCCUCAGCAAGCCUUCCAGCCACAGCCGUGCUAAGCAGCCUCGGCCCCGUAGCCGCACUCUCACCUGGGUGCACAACGCCAUCCUGGAGGACCUUGUGUUCCCAACUGAGAUUACUGCCAAGAGCCUGCGCGUGUCGACUGACGGUAGCAAGCUCGUGCGCUGCUCGCUCGACUCGAAGGAUGCAACCAGCCUGGAGUACAAGCUCGAGACGUUCUCGAGUGUGUACCGUAAGCUCACGGGCAAGGACGUGGCUUUCAUGAUCUAA